AUGUAAGAAAAUCUUCAAACUGAUAUAAGUAACAUGACUUUUAAAAGAGAAGCCACUUUCUCAUUAAAAUAAAUUUGUAGCUCUUAAAUCUUUUUUGAAAAUAGAAGACCUUCAACUAAAAAAUCUCUUUAUCUUAAAACCACCCAAAAUUAAGUAAGAUUACCUCAUUUUAAAACUUAAAUCAUUCCAAGGUAUGAUGAACAAAUAUCAAAUCAAAAAACUAAUACCAUUAUAUCAGGAAAGACUUAUAUUACUAAAGCUAUGGAACAUUAAUAUUUAAGAAUUUCAUGUGAAAAUUUAAUGGCACCCUUUAUUUGUUAAGUUUAAUGCACAAGUGAAUUUUAAUUAAUGAUUUCAUAAAUUCAUCCAUUCCCAACUAAUUAUAAUUGUGAGUAAGUUAUUAAUAAUAGGGGAUUCGUUGUUUCAGUAAUCACAGGGGAAUUUAUUUAUAUUUCAACCAUUACUCGAAAAGAUUCAGAACUUCAAUUCAUACUCUAAUUCAAUGAAAAACUUGAUGAAACUUAAAGAAUUAAAACUAUUUAAAAUGUAACAUCUUUUGAUUUCUAAUAAAUGUAUAAAUUUUCACAUUCCAAAUCUUUUUAAUAUAUAAUCAAUUCAAAUAAGGAAUAAGCAGGAAUUAAAAAAAAUAAAUAUUAAGAUGAAAUCUCAAGAUCAGAAAGAUUCUUGAAAGUAUUAUCUACAAGAAACUUUUAAAGACAAUCAAAAACAUAAGCAAAAAUGUAAAAGCAAUAUCAAAUUAAAGCUAAGAAACUAGCUAAUUAGGAAAAAAUCCUCACUAAAAUUAUAAAUGAUAAGAGAUCUCAAAAAGUCAUUUUUGAAUAAUAAUGGGCUAUUAUUAUUUAUUUUAUUAAAAUGACUUCUACAAUUUUUGAGAGAUUUUCCCAUAAAAAGGAAAUAAUUUUGAAGAAUAUUUUAGUAGCAUUUAGAAUGAAAAUAUAUUUACGUCGAGUGAAAAAAAAAAUAAUAAUGCCAAAAGGAGAUUCAGUAGAAACAAGAGCUUUAUUUGAUAGUUUUUUAUCAAUUAAGGCUAAAACAAGAAUAAUUAGAAAAAAAAUACGAGCAAUUUAAGUUGAAGUAUUAUUACCAAUUUUUAAAAAAAGAGCUACUAUUUAUUGUAUAAAAAUGAAAUUGUUAAAGUUAGGAACCAAAUUAUAAAUAAUUAAGAAACAUAUUCUAGAAUUUGAAGAGAAUUAUAUAAAGUAUAGAGAUAAUAUGAUAAUUAAAUGGGACAAUCUGAAUGAGAAGAUAAAAGAUGAAGAGAUAAAAUGGAAAUAAGCUGCAUUGAGAAAUAAAGGACUCGUGACUUGGUUCUAAGUAUUGAAAGAUAAAGAUUUUGCAUAAUAAAUGAGAAAAUGUUUUAUUUUUGAAUUAAUGAGAGAUAGAAUAAGAUAACAUAUUUAAGAUUAGCAUUUAAUAAAGAAAUAUAGAAUAGAUUUAAAAUAUUAUAAAUAGAAAUUGAAAGUUUGUAGAGAUUUUCUAGAAGCUAAUACAUUUAGAGGGGAGAUCUUUAGAUUAACUAGUGAUAUUUAUGCAAUGCAUAUGAAGAAUUAGUUAUUUAUGCAUGUUGAUGUAGAAAAGUAUUUUCAUUUGUUAGUAAAUAAAUAUAUAUCUUUGGUUGAUGAUGUUGACAUUUUGCCAAAUGAAUUGUCAAUGUAAUAAAAAUAGAAAUAAAGAUAAUCUAAACUUUCAAUAAGAAGAGUAACGAAAAAAUCUAAAAUUUGA